AUGCCAGAGAAACUUCCAACGGUCGUAGCCUACGCAGCUGGAGCUUCUCUUGCUGCAGCGACUCUCAUAUACGUAUUUGGGCCGACAUACUUCCUCGAUGACGAAGGCUCAACCACACGAAAGAAAGGCGCCAUCGGCCUGAGCAAUGCCGCCAACGACUGCUUCAUCAACUCCAUACUCCAGGCCCUCGCGGGCUUACCCGAUCUACGCAUAUACCUCAUCCGCGAGACCCAUCGAAGGAAGCUAGAUGGAAAGGAAGUUUAUGAGGUGGACCCUGAUCAGUUGGACAAGGAUAAUCAGAAAGUGAGGCCAUGGAAACUCGAGGGACUACAGAAGGGUCUUGUCACAUCGGCCCUUAAGGAGGUUCUGGACAAGCUUAACGAGCGCCCCAUUCAUAGGAAGGUCAUAUCUCCACAGCCCUUCAUUAGAGCGCUAGAACACGCCUUCAGCACCAGGAUUAGCCGCCAGCAGCAGGAUGCACAGGAGUUUCUACAAAUCGUCACCGAGCGACUUUGCGACGAAUAUCACGCAGGGGGAAAGGCUAGGCGGCAGGCACAAAAUGCAGGAUUGGCUCUCGUAAAGGGAGACUCUGCUUCGGAGAGACAGGAGAUUGUGCAGCAAUUUGGCGCAGCAGCUGUUGCAUCGACCGAGAACAAAGAGCAGGGCGAGGCCGAGACACCAGAGGACGAGCUCCCAUCGACUGAGGACGGUUUUCCGUUUGAGGGCAAGAUAGAGUCUCAGAUCGAAUGCCUAACCUGUGGAUUCAAGCCGAAACCGUCUGUGUCGACUUUCGUCACCCUGACCUUGAAUGUUCCUCAACAAUCUUCCACGUCGCUAAACGCCUGCUUCGAUGGCAUCUUCAAGGUCGAACAUAUCGACGACUUCAAGUGCGAGUUCUGUCGACUGGACCACGCGCUCAAGUUCAAGACACAAGAGCUUGCUCGUGCGUCAAGUGACGACGCAAAAGAGACGCUGGAAUCAGACAUGGCGAAGAUCAAACAGGCGCUCGAGCAAGACCCCGAAACCCCUCCAGAAGGUGUCGAACUUCCAGACGCCAAGCUAGCCCCUCGGCGACGCAUUGCGCGCCAUAUGUACAUUUCCGCGUUUCCCAAGGUCCUUGCCGUGCAUCUGUCGCGGUCCAUGUUUGCUGCCGGAACCGUGUCAACCAAGAAUUUGGCCAAAGUGGCUUUCCCUGAAGCGCUGCCGCUUGGUGGUCUUUUGAAUAGGAAGAACUACAAACUCCGAGGAAUGGUUACCCACAAAGGCAGCCACAACAGUGGACACUACGAGUCGUUCCGUAGACAGGUGCACCCAGUACCAUUCUCAACUCCCCACUCAUUUGGAGUCGAAGGUGUGUACAGUAUGCAAGGUAGUCCCAAUCCUUCUGCGGUGCAGAGCCCUCGCAUGUCCACCCUCAACCUUAGCAGUGCCAACGGGCAUGGAUCACCCGUCCCAUCUAUCCCGACCAUGGACUCACCAUCAUUACAAUCACUAUCUUCGCAUUCAUCACAGAUCUCACGUGGGCCUACGCCGACUUCCACACCGCGCGAUGACCCACAACCAACCUCUUCCCCUUCGUCGUCCUCGCGGCCGAAGUCCCUGCGCGGCUCUAUCAAGGAGAAGACAGCAUCCGUCGCCGAGCUCCCCCAACAGAUGAAGCGCAAACAGAGACAACGACCAAAUAGGUGGUGGCGAAUCAGCGACGACAAGAUCAAAGAGAGCAAAACAAGCGACGUCUUGAAGAUGCAAAAGGAGGUAUACUUGCUUUUCUACGAGCUGGACCGAAGUCCCUCGUUCCUUUCUCAGUGA